AACGCUGUCAUGAGAGCAUGGUACAGAGCCAGACGAUGACUGUCCUUGUUGCAUAAUGCAGGGAGCUUUGGCCAGAGGAGUUUUUAGCAAUAGUGAAGAAGGGCGGGGAAUAGAGGACAUACUCUGUAAUUGAGGAUCAAAGCUAAUUGUUUCUGCUUCUCUAUCUGUACAUGAGCUGUUCAGCUCCAAAAGGCAGAAGUGUCAGGAAGCAUCUCUCAUCUAGACGUUCUGUCAUCUGGAGGAAGUGAGGAGGGAAGGCUUUCAGAAGCAGCACAAAGUUGAAGAUGGAUAUUAAGAGCAUGAAGAACUAUCUCUAUUGGCUGUACUGCCAGUUUGAACUAAUCACCUGCAGCUAUCUCAUGGAGCCCUGGGAAAAACUGCUUUUCUACACUUUCAACAUUAUGAUGUUAGUUAUGGUAUUAUACACUGCUUACAUCUUUGUCCCUGCCCACAUUAACAUGGCUUUUCAGUUCUUCUUGCACUUAUUUGGAAACCAUCAUGAAAAUACUGUUUCUAUCGUGAAGUAACAUUGGCAACCUGACACUGACUUUUGGAUCAAAUAAGUGUUUUUCUUAAAACUCCUUUUUUGUUUAGGAACAAGUUCAGGGUGUGUGCAAACACUGUUUUAUUCUGCAGUAUCUUUUAAUGUUCUUCUGUAUUCUGGGACUCUCUGACAGCAAAUUAUUUUGCCAAAACAAUUUCAAUCAGUCCUUGCUUUUACCGUUUGACUGACUGCUUCUUAAAGAGCUUUCAAUUUUAAAGACUGGCUGGAGUUAUGAAGCUGGAUUUGGUACAGAAACAACUGUGCUGCAUAUUUUGUUAUUGUAGGGAGAGCUGCUUGGAUAUGGAGAGAUUUCAUCUUGAGAAAUUAUAUGGCAUACAUUUGUUCUUGUCUGCCAUAGUUUUGCUCAGGAAAGAUGUGUACACUGAAGGUUUUGCACAAUACUAUACAACUAUAAGAUGUUUCUCUAAGCUUGGUGUGUAUGUAUUUAUAGAGUGAUUUUAUUAUUUAUUUAGUUUCCUCAUUUAGUACAAUGAACUACUUGACUGGUUCAGCAUCAUUAUGCAAAUAAUGCAGUUGAUUUGUUAAAAACGUGGGGAUUUACUUCCAUGAACAUUUAUAAUAAAAUUCUCAUCUUCUUUAAAAUUCUCAUCUUCUUCGACUUAAUGAAAAAAGAUAAUUUUUGUUUUACUUUUAGAAGACUGGUAAAGCAUAUCAUAUACAGAAUAUGAAACUACAUACUCAAUUGCGGUAGUGACAUUUCAGUUGAAAACCAAUAAAAACCCUACCUAAAA